UCGUGUUAACUGUCUGUGAUUAUGGUUUGUUUUGGAUAAAUCAUAGAUGUUUUAAGUCAAUUUGAUUACUAAUUCAUAAUUAAAUUAGGUUGAAGUGCAUAUAAUACAAAAUAAAAUAAAAUAAAUAUAUUCAAUUAAGCUCAUUUAACUUUGAUUUUGAUAACUAUCAUUUUGCUUUAAUUGUCUGCUGCCUUCGCUUCCUUUGAGAAGCUGAACAAAGUGUGAUAAUUGCAGAGUAGAAGUGGUCUUGAUAAGUUGAGCAAGUUGCACCAUUUUCAAAUCACAAUUUUUUAUUUAGAAUCAAAAUAAUAAUAAUAAAAAAAAUCUUAUGAUAUUAUCCUUUAAUUUUAAGAAUUCUAAUCAUAAUAAAACACAACUUCCUCUUUCAAUCAACUCAUUUAACUGAAAUUUUUUCCGAUAGAUAUAUCAAAUUACAUUGAUUUAGAGGUGGAAAAACUAAUUGCUUCAAACCCAGAUAGAAGACUGCAACCCAUCUUUGGCGACUUGUGCCAAUAUUUCAGAUGAACAUGAACUAGACUUGUGGUCAUUAUCCUAUUUAUAGGUUUGUUGUUGCUAUUGCUGUUGAAGGAUGGAAGAUAUUUUUGUAGUUGAAGCAAUCGAUAAAAGAUUUGAUAAAGUUUCUCGCAUAGAGGGACGAAGUGAGAGGCUUGAAAUGUUCAUGCAGCUUGAUGUGAAUACAGAGAUCUAUCCCAUUAAAAAAGAAGAGAAGUAUGCAUUGCUGAUAACUCCCACUCUUCACACUGAUGGAACAGGUGAUACUGGUUACUAUGGCCAGGGUAAGCAAGGGUCCAUAGCUGACAAGUAUGAAUAUAUCAUGUAUGGGAAACUAUACAAGAUCCAAGAGGAAGGUUCAGGAGCAGAUAUUAAAGCGGAGUUGCUUAUUUCCUUUGGUGGCCUUCUGAUGUCUCUCAAGGGAAAUCCUGAUUAUAUUGCAGAAUUUCAACUUGAUCAAAAGUACUUCCUUUGCAUGAGGAAGUUGGUUUAGGUGGAUUCUGUAACUUCUUCUUUCUUUUGUGUGUGUGUGUGUGCUUUGUACUUUCUGCAGAUUUUGAGCUUCUGGUUUUCUGAGGGAUAGUUUCUCAUUUCAUUUUCGUUAGGAAUAAGCCAAAUUCUACGGUGUUAUUGCUUCGAUUUUUGUAAGGACAGAUUUUCAUUGCAAGUCCAAUUUGAAACUUUGAACA